UUUUAUAACCUGUCUUAUCAUUCCAUUAUCCUCGUUACUCACCUCCAGAACAAAUCGCAAAAUGCCUCGCGAAGCUCCGAUGGCCCCCGUUUCCCGAUCAAACCGCCCUAGUAUCGUAGGCCCUGACGAGCCUGAAGCUCCGUACCCCCUCAAGCUUGAAGGGACCGUUACCAAAGGUUUUGGUAGAGGUGCGAGGUAUCUGGGGAUCCCCACAGCCAAUCUUCCAGACGAGUCUUUGGGUCCACUCAACGAUCUUGGUCUUACAGGUAUCUACUACGGCUUCGCCCGUGUUCAUCCCUCCUUAUCCACCCCUCUCCCAUCCGCCCUUCCUACCCCCGUCGUCUCCAAACCCUCUACACCUGGUCCUGAGGGCAAGAAAGUCGAGAGCGAAGCUCAAUUGGAGGCGUUACCUACCAUCACCGCACCUUACCCUCCCGAACACCACGCCCAGAGAUGGAGUAAGGAAGAUGAGAAAGUUUGGCCGAUGGUGAUGAGUGUUGGGUGGAAUCCUUACUUUAAAAAUGAAAAAAUUACCGCUGAAGUGCAUAUUAUGCACCCCUUCAAAGCUGAUUUCUAUGGACACCACAUGAGUAUCGUUAUCCUUGGAUAUAUCAGGCCCGAACUUGACUACGUCUCUAAAGAGGCCCUCAUAGAUGAUAUAAAAACAGACGUUAAAGUAGCGCUUAACUCACUUGCCAGGCCCAAGUACGCCGAUUUCGCCCAUGACGAGUUUUUGUUCAAACAAUCUCUGUUCACAGCCGGGCAGUCACAGAACAAUCUGGGAGUUUAAAUCCUUGUUGUAGGAAGCGCCAUCGAGCAGAGGGGUAGAGUACGUUCGCAUAUUCUGAAGGGGGGAGGGACUUGCCGGAGGGAGAGUAGUCGAGAAUUUUCACGUUGUACGAGUACAGAUAACCCAUAAACCAUGAGCCAUGAUGCUAGAUAAAUAGACCCAGAAGAGUACAAAUUUAUGGAC